AUGUUACUGCUAAAGUUACUCCCACCGUGGCUAGUCUUAUUAACCCUCGGGUUGACCCGCAUGACCAAACUAUCUAUUUUGAUGGAGACGCGAGCGCCGCCCCUCGAGGGCCUCUCCCGCCACCAUAAGCAGGUGCACGCCCACCUCCUCCGCCGCGGCCACCCCUUUCCGCCGGCAGAGCACGCCGAACCUGACCGCGCCUACCUCUCCGUUCUGCGCGCCGCCACCGCCACGCCAGUCCUCGCGCUCGCCGCUUGCGCGUGCCUCCGCCGCGCCGGCCUGCCAGCGCCGGGGCGCCACGCGCUCCCUGCCCUGCUCCGCGCCGCCGCCCGCGCGCGCUGCGCCGACUCCGUGGGGCAGGCGCAUGCCCUCGCCGUACGGGUCGGGGCCGAGGAUGAUGGGUUCAUCGGGACCGCGCUGGUUGGCGCGUACGCGGCGUGCCGGCGCGUGGCCGACGCCCGCAGGAUGUUCGAAGUAAUGCCGGAUCGGGAUCUCGUCGCUUGGGGCGUCAUGCUUGACAGUUAUUGUCAGACUCAAGACUACAGAGAAGCAUUGCUUCUACUCAAUAAGCUGAAGAGAUCAAGAAUGGUGCCUGACCAAGUCAUCCUUGCUACCGUUCUAUCAGCCUGUGGUCAUACACGACAUUUAAGAUCCGGAAAAGUCAUCCACUCAUACAUACUGGUCUCAGACAUUUUUAUCGAUGCCCGCCUCAGCAGUGCCCUCUUAAACAUGUAUGCUAAUUGUGCGGAUAUGGAGAUGGCCAAGAAGCUAUACAGCGGGAUGCAAAGGAAGGACAUGAUAUCAUCAACUGUCAUGGUCCGUGGAUAUGCUAAGAAUGGAAAAAUCGAUAUUGCUCGCUCCAUAUUCAACUGUAUGAUGGAGAAGGAUGUGGUAUCUUGGAGUGCUAUGAUAGCAGGAUAUGCUGAAAAUAACCAACCAAGUGAAGCGUUGAUUUUGUUCAAAGAUAUGCAAGAGUGUGGUGUCUGUCCUGAUGAAAUUACCCUAUUGAGCGUCAUAUCUGCAUGUGCUAAUAUCUGUUCCCUUGACAAAGCCAGAUGGAUCCACUCGUUUGUUUUGAAUAAUGGGUUUUGUAAGAUAUUGUCCAUUUGCAAUGCUCUUAUUAAUAUGUUCUCAAAAUGUGGAAGUUUGACUCUUGCCUUGAACGUGUUCAAUGCAAUGCCUCGAAAGAAUGUUAUCACCUGGACAAGUAUGAUUUCUGCCUUUGCUAUGCAUGGUGAUGGCAAAUCUGCCUUAGCCCUUUUUGACAAGAUGAAAAGUGAAGGGGUUGAACCUAAUGGCGUGACAUUUCUUGGUUUAUUGUUUGCCUGUUGUCAUGCUGGUUUAGUUGAUGAAGGCCGUUCCUUGUUUGAAUGUAUGGUCCAGGAAUACAUGAUUGAACCCAAGCAUGAGCAUUAUGGCUGUAUGGUGGAUCUUAUGGGAAAGGCUAAACUUCUGCAGGAAGCAGUUGAUCUCAUAAAGUCAAUGCAUGUAAGACCUAAUGUGGCUGUUUGGGGAUCUCUGUUAGCAGCCUGCUGGAUGCAUGGUGAUCUUGAGCUCGGUGCAUUUUCUGCAAGGAAAAUUUUGGAGUUGGAUCCCAAUCACAAUGGAGCAUAUGUGUUUUUAUCGAACAUGCACGCAAAAUCUGGUGACUGGAACAAUGCUCGAGAGGCAAGAGGAGUAAUUGAAGGCCAUAGGGUUUCGAAAGAAACAAGCUGCAGUCGGGUAGAGCUGAAUGGGAUAGUCCACGAUUUUGGAGCUGGAGGUGAGAAACAUCAGGAAAAUCAUAGGACCGUUCUAAAGUUUAGUGGGGUAAUUUCUAAAUGA